AUGGAUAGAUUCCUUAGCUCUAAGUUCUGCACAGGAGUUAAUCAAACUGCCAACGUUAAUGAUUAUGACAUGAAAAUUGGCCAGUCUAACAGAGGAAAAAGUCUAGCCGGUAAAACUGCUGACUCACUAAAAAAUAACUCUAAUCUCCUAAAAUCAUAUUUGAAUAACAGCUAAGCAGUGCGUCCUAGCGUCUCGUUCACUAAUUAGUCAAGGGAUUAAGUUCCCAGAGUUAUAACUUACAUUGAUCUCUAUGAUGGUCCCUCUUAACUUUAACUCAGAGAAGGAACCACCACACUAAAUGAGAAGGGCUAAAAUAACAUAUAUGAACAAGAGCGAAGUCAAGUUUAGGAGAAGCUAAACCAGAGUGUUCAGUACUUGAAGUCUGCGCAAGAUUAGUUAACUAAGAGGGAAGAAGAAAAUACUUCAGCCUUGAGAUCACCCAAGUAGAGAAGAGAUGAGUUACAAUAAAUAAAGUAAAACCUUGAGAUAUACAGCGAGUUUAAGCAACAGCAAAUGUUUGUUGGAAAACGAGAGAGGCUUCUUAAAAAUGGUUGGAGACAUGGCAUUGUUGGAGUUGAGAAUUCAGGUACGGUUGGUGAUCAGUCUCAAUCAGUUUUCUAUAAAGAAGCAACAUUAAAAAAGCUAGGAGAGCAGCAAGAAAGAGAGGCAAUCAACAGACGAAGGUCUAAGAAUUUUGGCAUAAGUGAGGAGCAUAAAAGAUCAACUAGUCUAUUCAAGUCUCCAGAGAAGGUCGUAGAUAUAGCAGACACCUGGAGAUGCAAGGGGAAAUCUCCAAUGAAUCAAGGAAGUUAAAAUACAUAUGAGAGAAUGUUUAAGCCUAAUGAUUUCAAGAAUGGGGAUCAUGGUGAUCCUAAAGUGGGUGGAGGCAUUAAUGUGAGAAUUGAAAGAACUAUAAAGCUCAGAGAAGAAGAUUAAAAAGGAAAGUAGUUUAACAUCUUGAAUGGAUUGAGUGCUACACAUGAUCAAUGGCUUGGAGCCUAUAAAGGUCAAUAAAUCUCUCAAACUAACAGAGUCACUAUCGAGGAUAACAAAGAACAUUGGAAGUAAUAACUUCUCUUAUGA